GUGUCCCGCGGGAGGGCUGUAUUUUACGUUUCCUCACGAUCACUCAGGCGAUCUGCGCGGACGCCUACAGUGGGUCUGUGACGAAGCUGGGCGGGGGGUCCUUCGCUCUUCACCUCCCGGAGUCCCGCCCCGCCUCGCGCUAUAAAAGGCGCCGCUGCAGUCGGGCCCCAGUUGCAGCUGCUGCCGCCGGGUCUCGGUCAGCGCGGAGGGACGUGGAGCCGGGCGCCGUCUCGCGAUGCCUUCCAUUAAACUGCAAAGUUCAGAUGGAGAAAUUUUUGAAGUUGACGUUGAAAUUGCAAAGCAAUCUGUAACUAUCAAGACUAUGUUGGAAGAUCUGGGAAUGGACGAUGAAGGAGAUGAUGACCCAGUCCCUCUUCCAAAUGUUAAUGCAGCUAUAUUAAAAAAGGUGAUCCAAUGGUGCACCCACCACAAGGAUGAUCCACCUCCCCCUGAGGACGAUGAAAACAAGGAAAAACGAACAGAUGACAUCCCUGUGUGGGACCAAGAAUUCCUGAAAGUAGACCAAGGAACACUUUUUGAACUUAUCCUGGCUGCAAAUUACUUAGACAUUAAAGGUUUGCUUGAUGUCACAUGCAAGACUGUUGCAAAUAUGAUUAAGGGGAAAACUCCAGAAGAAAUUCGCAAGACCUUCAAUAUCAAGAAUGACUUCACUGAAGAGGAAGAAGCACAGGUACGCAAAGAGAACCAGUGGUGUGAAGAGAAGUGAAUUUUUGUGCCUGACACUCUUAACACUGUAAGGAUCGUUCCAAAUACUAGUUGCACUGCUCUGUUUAUAAUUGUUAAUAUUAGACAAAUGCAGCAGCAAAUGAAGUUGUAUUAGCAGGAUAUUGUUCCCUUUGCAUGUGUAAUGUUUUUUUUGAGUACAGAUUUAAAUCCUAUGGUUGAGUUUUUACCAGUGUAAUCAGAUGUCUUUUUACUUUACUCAGCAAUGAAUAAAACUGAACUAAGCGUGGAUUCUGUAUGGAAAAGCACUUCAUGUUAUCCUGUUCAUGACUCUUAACUAUCCAUGUCCAGUUACAAUGUUAUCUUAAGAUGUCAGAAUUUAGAUAAGCAUUUAAACUCCACUGUAAAUAAAACCACUUGCAAAAGUUUUCUGAAAAAGAAUUAACAAAAAGCAUAUUUUUAUUCAAAGGACUAAAGGGUUUCUUUGGGAACCAGGCUGAGUGAAGAGUUCUAAAUAUGAAGGAUAAUUACCCUUGAAGUAAGUUAGUACUUGACACAGUUCUUAGUUGGUCACAGGCAAAUACUUAGGGAUUACAAAAUCUCUUCAGUGGCUAGUACUUUCUAAGCCUGUUUUGGUUUUACCUGCAAAAGACCAGUCCUAGCACAAAUGUGGCUUUGGCAAAAACUGGGUAAGCUAGUUACAGUUAACCUGGAACUCUUUAGCCAUGUAGCUGAAGACCUGCCUCUAGUUGGUACAAAGCAAAAUCUGAACUGCUGUAGGCACAGGAGAGUUAUGAAUUUUAAUAGGAAAAGCUAAUUCCCAGUUUGACCAAAAACAUGACUGACUUUACCAAAGUUAAACUUAUUGAUCCAGCAUGUCAUUAGUAGCUGGCUUUAGGCAAUUCUAAACCUGCUUGUGAUGUAGCUUUAUUAAACAUGGCUUCAUGUGUCUGCAAGAAAUAUUUCACCUAUGUACUGUACACGAAAUCACAGCUUGUAGACUCUUCAUUAUUGCAUACAAAACAAAGCUAAUGCUGUAUCUAGUGUGACUUCUUUUGGACAAAGCCGCUUGCAACUAGUUAAACAGUAACUGGUUUUCUGACUUUGACAGUUCCCUUAUAGGGAAUAGGAGAUGGUUUGUAGUAAACAUUUGAGGUGUGAUCUUAGCUUAUUGCAUUCCGUUUUCUGUAUAAACCUUAGUCUAGAAUUAACCUUAAUAAAUAUACUUCUCCAUUUUAAAGAUAAUGGUGUUGCACUAAGUGGUGUUAAAGGGUUAACGAUGGUUGUGUGAGAAAAAUCUUGUUAAUUUAACAAGAGCAACUUGACAGCCUCUAGAACACUCAGUGAAUAGCAUGUCUUACUAAACAUUAAAACUUGAAAUUGCUGAUAAACUUCCAUGUAGCUGCUGCAUAAACAAAAUCUAUGUAGAGGAAAUUUUAACAUCUGACUGUGUUAACUGACUGCCAGUUUGCACUAUAAACAGUUUCUCCAACUACAGCCCAUGGAACUGAGUGACCAAACAAUGGAGAGUUGGGUAUAGCUAUUAAGAUGUGGGCAACAGCAUGAAAAAUUGGAGAGCCACUGCUGUAGCAUCCAAGCAAACUUGCUGUCCACCCAUCCCUUAACUUGCUUCCUCCAGCCUGCCACAGCAUCUCCAGAGGGGUUGCUGAAAAAUGGGUCCUAUGUUCAGAGUAAUGGUAGCAUCAUUGGAGCAUCCUAAUGCUACCAAAAAUAAAUGCUCCUGGUGACAAAUGGGGCCUCUUCUAUGCAAGCAGUUCAGUUAAUCUUAGAAAUUUAAACACCAAAAAUCUUCUGUAGGAAACAGUAUACUCUUUAGGAAAGAAAAUGAGACCCACUGCUAUGAUUAGUGGAGUAAGUUAAUCCUGUUUCGAAAACUAAUAUUAAAGCCAGGCCAUGGGUCCUUAGAUGUUCAGUUCCUUCCUUAACACCAGUAUCAAGAUGAACUUGUGUUUAGGCUUUGUUGUUUUAUGUUGCAUCCAGCAAAAAAGAGCUUAAACUUGCUUAGUGUAUCCCCUGAGACAAGGGUUGGCCAUCACUUAAAAGUGAUGUGAUCUACCCUACUUCAAACGGAUUCUUCUUUUUGGUGGGUGGAAGAGAAACUGCAGUCCUACACAUCAGGGGCAGUUCCUCUCCUCUCAUUGAAUGUUCCCUUCCCUUAUCUUCUAACUAUGUCUUAUGAUGAGGCAAACCUACAUGCAGCUCAGCUGCACUCUUGCUGUCUGCAGGUACAUCCUGACUUAGGCUUGGAGCGGGUAUCAAUGCUCAGCUGUACCAUAAGGUGAGGACUGUGGCAGGGUUUAGGAUGGGGAGGAGGCAGAAGUGUAAUGCCACAUGGUAGAAUGGGAAAAGUGAGGGGGGCAGACUCAAGAAUAUGGAUUGAAUUGCCCAAACUGUGUGUAAUGCACCUGAGAAGAGGUCUCUCCUCUGGUGUGAGAAUUGCUGAUCUUCAUUGGAGGGUUUGAUAAUCCAAGAUGUUUGUUCAUUAUACUAUCUGUCUAGAUCUUUUAAUGCUAACUCAUGUAUGUAGGAUUCUUAUGACCUCAGAAUAACAAACUCUAAUCUAAAAUGCUACUAGGAGCAAUGGUGGUCUGAUAUUCUAACGAGUCUCAAUAGUGUUUAAAAAUAAUAAAAAAAAAAAAAAAUCAUAGCAUAAUGCUGGAAGGUUGUGAUAACUUCGGUGCUUACUGAGACAAGGAGAAGCACACCACCAUUUCUAAUCCAAGAAAUAGUGUUACCUAAGCCAUUCCAGGAGCAGUUGCAGGCAUUCAAGACUGGCUUGAUGCUGUUACCUAAGAAUCUCCAGCUUGUAAAUGGAAGUGGAGUAUCUUGCUCUGAAAUGACUUCCAGCUGUUCCUGUACCAAAGUUUGGGGAAAGAGCUGUUUUGUUUUUUUUUGCUCCAAGGCAGAACAUGCCCUCUUAAAAUGCUACUUGCUGCCUUAAGUGAUUUCAAGUAGUAAAGCUACAGAGGGGAGUUUAUGGGUGCCCUUGAUUUGGGGCACUGUCAAUAGAAAUCUCUGUGCUAAGGACCAUGCUGGGGAAGAAGAUUAGCAUGGGCAAAACUUUGUCUUUGUGUGUGUGAAGGGAGAAGCAGUGUGAUAAGUGCUGUGGGAAGGUCUUUGCAGAACAGGCCUAGUUAAAAGGACUACGGUAGGAAGCAUACUCAAUUGUACUCCUACUAGUUCUGAAAACUAGAAGGGUGGGCUGCCCCAUCAAAAUAGCUGAUUAUGCCUCUGUUUAGGGGAACAACUCGCCAUGCUUUAGCUGAGGCUCUAAUCUACUGCGCAAAAAGCACUUGCUCUAUGACCCACUGUGUUCCUGUUUUGGUGAGCUGGAGAAAAGAACCCUGCCAGUCCCACCCCCAGCACAAGUCACGAUAGUCUUGUACUAGUGGUUCCCCUACCCCCAAACUUUCAGGCUGUUGGUAAUCAGCUACUGUAAUCUGAUCUCUCUACUCUUCCAGUUUUAACAAGAUUUAAAUCCAACACCUCAUCCUUUAGCCUUAACACAUCUUCUUUUAUAAGUAUGCAUUAGAAAUGUCUCUUUGGGGAAUUGACUGGCUCAGGAGUUAUUACAGGAAUCCAGGCUUCAUCUUCUGCAGUGCCAGUUCAAAACCAGCCAAGGGUAGUAGUAAGUAACGCUGCUAGCCUGUGAAAUGUUAGUUGCCUUACUCUCAGCAGAUAAGGUAGGGUGAACUUAAUCAGAGUCAAAAAGGGAUAGGAGGUUUCUAUGGAUAUCAAGAGUAGCUAGGGUUGUUUAUAAGUAAUGCGGGAGGGAGGAGAAGCUUUGGAAGAGAGAUCUAUAUGGCUCACAUUUCAGAGCUAAAGCCAGGUUACUAGAGAGCAGGAUGAGAUUGGAAGGAGCGGAUAGGGAUACUGCAUAUUUUAUAGCUGCCUAUUGCAGAAUUCUUAUACCUUUCUCUAAAGCAUCUGGGUUUUUGAUUGAUUGUUUGGGCCGGAGGGCUGGGGGGGGGGAGAAGGAUAUACUAGACUGGUCAAUCAUUCAUGUAAGGAGGGGGAGAAGGAGCUCCCCUCAUAUAUAAAGGUGGUAGUUCUAGGUUACUGAGACAUUAGCAUGUAUUGAGUAGAAUACAGGAGGUAGCAGCCCAGCUUCUAGCAGUGAUGUGGAUAAAUGAGCAUCUUUUACCAGCACUACAUUCAUUUCAGAAUGCCUAUCUGACCACUCUGAUUCUUUAAAGGCAAGCUAUGCCUAUGUUCUUUUCUGUUUGUCUUUUUUCCCCUUGCCAUGUUCAGUAACAGAUACAGCUUUAGUGGCUGAACCAAGGCAAAGGGUGACUGAACCAGGCCCUUCUGCAUGGGAAAGAGGAUUGGUGAUAAAGAAAUCUACUGCUUCAGCUGCUAGCAUUCUCCAUGUCAUUCAUAUACUCACAGUUGGCUACAUGCAAUUAGUCUAAAAGCCCUGCUGCCUACAAGUGGGGAAGAAACACAGGAAUCUUUAAAAUAGUAAGAAAUGAGAUCUUGCAAUAUAAUUUGUAUAGGAUUAUAACCCACAGUGGCCCUUUUUGAAGGGCCAGGCUGGCACACUUUAUUUAUAAAGCUAUAAACAUAUUUUGAACAUAAAAGCCAAAAAAUACAAACUCAGUGAUGUAAAAAAAAUUACAGUAUAUGGUGGAUAGUUACUGGACAAAUGAAAGUACAGCUGCAAAACACUUCUGUGCUACAUACAUACAGUGGUUUUACUUGACUUAAUGAAGUGGUAUUUCUGUGACUUCUACAUUCAAACAGGAAAUCACAUGGGUAAUUAAAAAAAUGAAAUUGUCUCAUGAGAUUUUACUCAUGCUGCAGUAAAAAUUUACAGGCAAGGUUUUGUUUU